AUGUCCUCUCCAACGAUAUCGUCGUCACCCACUGUCUCAUAUCAUGCAAUGCCGGCCCAUCUUGCGCCAACGCCUGAAGAUGAACCUUCGGACGAGUGGAAAGAGCAGAAAGAAGCCGAAAUUGGGCUCGGAUUCACCUCCAUGGUUGACGAGGCUCGCGCCAGAUUGGAAUCUUCUCUCGAGACGAUCCCUUAUGCACGGAAUACGGACGAGUUUGAGCAGGCGAAACAGGCACAUAUUGCUGCGUGGCGCACUGAGACAGCCAACAUCCGUAGUCUCGCCAACGAAGAGUUUUUACACGCGCUUGGCCAGGAAAGAAUUAUGCGUCGGAUGACCAGGGGUGGUCAAGUCAACCCCGUCGUUCAGAAUGCAUUGGUUGAAGAGCAGGCUGCGAUCUAUGCCGCGAUUCAACGAAGGAGAGACUCUACUGCUGCCUCCGGCGAUGGCCACCCAAAUCCGGGCCCGAAUCCUAGUCCUGUUCCAGCCCCAUCGACGUCACCAUCGGUGCCAUGGACCGGUGAAUCUUCAGCUUCUAAAUCAGCACAGGCCUACCUCCAAGCACGCGCUCAAGCAGCUUCUUCGACUUCAACCUCUCAGCAGCAACAACAACCACACUUUGUUUCCGCCUCGGAAUCCAUAAAUCGUAACAACGUUUCCAGAUCGCCAGUCUCAUCUCAUCCUCCUCCCAAUCCCAGCCCCAAUCCUUCCCUCGGUCGCUCUCCAUCAACAAGACGGACAGUUUCCAUUCCUCCGUCCCCUUCUCCUUCUACAUCGCCUGUAUCUUCCCGUCAACAGCUUCCUCAACAACAACAACCUCCAGUAGACUCUCACUCCCGUCCUGCGCACCUUGGUCGAAAUGGUUCCUUCUCUCGGCAACCCACCGGUUCCAAUUGGACUCCAAACUCUCAGACUACGUCCAAUACUUGGAAGGAGGCCACUAAAGAUAAUUCUUCGUCAUCAACAACCAACAUGGACCCCCUCGCGCAAUAUAACUACCACCUCAAGCAGACACCUCCCCUCCAGCCUAAACGAUCAAGUGUCACGGCUUCGCCAGCCGCACACGCAUCGUCGAGCAACACUACUCCUCUUACUCGCAGACCCACUAUUGACGAACCGCCAUUGCGCUCCCAACCGUCUCAAACCUCUCUUCGUAGCGAUCGCGAGCAGUAUCAGUCGCACCCACAACCACCACCACUCCGAAAUAAACUUUCACAGACGAGUUUUCGCUCCGCCUCGUCUGGCGGGGGCGGCAGUGCUCCAUCGAUAAGCUCUCGGAGACCCCCAUCUACCGCUGAUCCCUGGGUCUCGGACCUUUACACUUCCACGUUGACGGAUGAAUUAGAAGAUGAAGAGUUGUCCAUUCUGCAGCCUCCGCAGAGUCACGGCCAUAAUCGUGGUGUUCCGAUUCCUGGGUCCGGGUCAUCGGGAAGGAGGAGAGACAGCGAGAGUCGGUUUUCGGGGUCUGUUUCGUCCUCUCCAAGUACCACCCGUAUCAACACACAAGUCCCACAACCGCCUCAGCGAUGGACACCGUCGGUGUCGCCUGAAGAAGAUCGUGAUUAUCAGCGGCAUUUGCGGCAGGAGCGUGACCUUGCGAGAGAGAAAGAGAGGGAGGCUGCACGAAUUGCCAAGGAGAAGGAGGAUAGGGAGGCAGCUGAGCGGGAGCGGUUGGCGCGGGAAAAGGAGAACGAGGAACGGCUUGCGAAAGAAAAAGAGCAGGCGCGAUUGGCACGGGAAAAGGAGGUGAUGCGGGCGAGAGAGCGUGAAAUCGCGAAAGAAAGUGAGGCCAGACUUGCAAAGGAGAAAGAGGAGGCGAGGCAGGAGAGAGAGCGGCAGGUCAGGCUGGCACGGGAGCGGGAAAUUGCCCAGGAGAGCGAGGCGAGACUUGCAAGAGAGAACGAAGCGAGACUUAAGAGGCAAAAUGAACUCAGGCUUGCUAAGGAGAGAGAGGCGAAACUUAUCAAAGAGAGGGAGGCGCGACUCGCUAAGGAAAACGAGGAAAGACUUGCUCGAGAGGAGAACGAGGCGCGGUUAGCGAAGGAGAAUGAAGCUCGGUUGGCCAAGGAGAACGAAGCCAAAGCUGCUGCUGCGCAGAAAGCAGCAACCGAGUCUAAACCUACCAAACGCAAGGGCAAGAAGCCAGUUCCCCCUCCCGCGCCGGACCCAGCGAGUGAUGAUGGAGAUGAUGAGUCGCGUCGUCCAAACAUCCCGGUUCCUGCUCCCCCUCCCCCGCCACCUCCUCCUGUUAUUGUCGAAGAAAUUCCCGUCAAGAUGUCUCCGCCACAGAUCUCGCCACAGCCGACAACACCUGUCAAAGCCAAGGGUAAAGGCAAGAAGGCAAACAAGAAAGCUGCUGCCAAUGCGAGCAAAAUCACUGAAGAGUUUUUCCCUGCGCUGACUCCGAAGAAACCUGUGCCCAAGGCCACGUCUGCUGAAGAGCAGGAGGAGGAUUUGGCCGUCAAAGCCAAGCUUGAGCAGGAAACACGUGCUAGAGAGGAGAACGAACAUCAGUGGGAUGGUCUUGAUCGUCAACGGGAGAAAGAAAAGGAGAAGCAGGAUAGUUGGGGGCGUGCAGCCGGUACCAGCGCCGCAGCCGCGACUUCUGCAAGCCAGCAAGCACAGACCCAAACUACGAAACCACGGCGUCAACAAGAAAACGUCACUUCUAAUCACGCUGACGUAAACCAUCCCCCUCGCUGGGCAUUUUAUGGCAGUUCGCGACCGCCAGUCAAGGAGGCGUCGUCUUCUUCCUCCAGCGAUGAUGGCCGCGACGAGCAUUCCUCUCCCUCUCGUUCGGCAGAAUGGCCCUCAAAUCCUACAUCCCCUGAUAUGCACCCGUACCACGAAGGCCACUCUAAUUUCAAGACUGCUCCGAUAUCGAUUCCGCAACGAACACGAACCCCCGAUGGCGAUGGGGAGCUCGGGUCUGGUGGCUUCAGCGCCGGUGACUUUUCGCGGUAUGGUGUGCCCCUCCAUGGGAGUGCCGGGGCCAGUUACAACGAGUCAUUCCCUAUGUCAGGGUCGUACCAGGACUAUGCUGCAGUAGAGCGGGAAAGAGAACGGGUUCUCCAGUUGGAGGAAGAGGCGCGGAAGAAGGUAGAAGAGGCGAAAGCCAAGGAGGAGGCUGCGAAGCAAAGAGAGCAAGAGUCGAGGCAAAGGGAGGCAGAGGCGAGGCAGAUUGCUGAGGAGGCGAGGCAGAAAGAGGCUGCGGCACGUGAAACGGAAGAAAAGAUCCGUUUACAGGAGGAGGAGGCCAAUCGGAGGUUGGAGGAGGCCAACAGGAAAUUGAAAGAGUUGGAGGAGAAGGAGGCUGAGAUGAGGAGGCGCGAGGAGGAAAUCCACAAGAAAGAGGAGGAAACGAAAUUGAAGGAGGCAAUGGAAAAGGAGAUGGCUGAGCGAUUGCGCAAAUCGAGGUUGGAAGAAGAGCGGGAGAAAGAGGCGAAAUUGCACCAACGCGAAGCUGAACUUAGAAGAAAGGAGGAAGAGGCAGAGAAAUUGCGGCAAGCCAGGCUAAGGGAGGACGAUGAGAGAGGCAGAAUAGAGGCUGAGCGGUUAAGGCAGUUCCAAUUUCGUGAAGCAGAGAUCAAACGACGGACAGAGGAACGCAAAAGGCAGUCGAGCUUUCCGCCAGACGCUGAUUGGACAACAUGGGGUUCUUCUACUCAAUGGUCAACACCAGCGAGCCCUUCGCCAUCUAAUGCCACAAACUCCUCCACUCGCAGCAAUACGACGCCUGGAGCCUCCGGUUGGUCCAGCACUUCUCGCACCAACUCGACUGCCAGUCAAGCAUCUUCAAAUAACACCGCACGAGCAUCUUCUUCGACAGCAACUCCGAAUUCCAAGCCAUCGUGGAACUCUGCUUCCUCUAACGCAACCCCAAAUAACAGCAAACCGACUCCUAUUCCUGGUGCAGACAAUCGGGAUCGCGCAAGGCGUCAACAAGAAGCUGCUGAAGAGCAAUUUCGACGAAUGCAAGAGCAGAUGGAGCGAGAGCGGCUUGCCAAAGAACAGAAGGCGGGGCGGAUCCUAAGCAAAGAGGACGUUAUCCGGAUAUACCAACAGCACGAGCAGCAAUGGGCCAAGAUAACAUCCCUGUCAGAGGUCUCGUGGGAAAUGCUUCCCUGGCCAGUGUACCGGCACCCCAACAGCGCUGAGGAUAUCACAUCCGGCGCGGUCGACGCUUACAUCAUGUCUCCACAUCAUCCAGACGCGGACAAGUCGACCAAGGACCGCAUUAGGAAGCUGUUGCGCAAAUGGCACGAAGACCAUUUCAACCAGAAGGUCCUGUCAAAGGUUGCUGAGAGCGACAAAGAGCGGGUCAAGGCUGCAGCAGGCACAGUGACGCGGAAUCUUAAUAGUCUCUUGGAGCGGACGAACGAGUCGUACAAGGCCACUGCUGCGAGUCUUUUUGCAUAA